AUGGCACCUCUCUCUCUGACCUCGCUUUUGCACGCCAUCGCCAGCCGAGAAGCCUCUGCCGCCAACCAGCCUUCGUCUUGUGCGGGCUCCAGCGGGCCCUGCAUCGAAGUCAUCUGUUCGUGGCCUUUGUCAGGUCAGUAUGGUCUUGGCCAGAGAGUUCUUUACUACGCACUCGUGGCGACGUGCGUCCUCGCAAGGAAGGCCGAAUGGAUUAGAAACGUUGGUCUCGCAGCCGCUUUGAUUCUGCCUGCCGUGGCGGCUGUGCAUGGAAUAGUCCUGGCGGCCUUGCACGUUGACGGUUCGUCUAACUGUUUGCCAGAUCUUCUGCUGCGUUAUCAACUGACGUUUUGUGUGCGCGCCUAUGCAGGUGCCAUCGAUCUCGACGUCUAUGGAGCGCUGCAGUAUUGCUCGAUAGGCAUCCUGGCUGGCCCUGUGACGGUCAAGCUAUCCACGACCUAUUCAAAUGAGCGAGGUCGCAACAUCAUUUUCUUGUGGACAGGGCUGAUCCUGGCUGGUCUCUUGAGCCUGGCCGUCGAAUUUUACCGUGCCAAAUCGACACCAUGCUUCUUCGACAAUGCCGGCAAUCCGAUAUCGCAGGACCCGGGUCGUUUCCCCUACAGCGAAGCUAUGUGCGGUCUCACGUGUUCGCAGGAGAAUGGCCCGUCGUCUCUUCUGAGGACCAAGGCCGCCAGCGAAAUCUUUGUCGUGCCGGUACCCACUAAGCUCCCGCUCGGGAAUUCCAUGUUCCUCGCGGCGGCCGAGUGCGUGCCCGCCAUCCUCUCCCUGGUGUCCAUGUGGGUCAAGAUCACGAACCCGGAUGUCGAGAAUGGGCGCGAGAACGAACCGAUUCCGGGCGCCAACGGGGCGACGUUCGGCAACAUGAAGAGCAUCAAUGCCAGAAUCAGGGAUUUCCUCAACGCUGUGGAGAUACCCGUGUUUGCUGGCGCCGUCGUAGCCAUCCUUAUUAUCGGAGAGAUAAACUUCUCCAGCCCUCAGAUGGACUACCAUACGGAGCCCAUGGGUAGCAUUGGCCAAUGGGGCACUAUCCUCGCAACUGGAAUGGCGGCAUUUGGCUCGUUGUACAUCUAUCUCGCGGGAAUGUUCAUGGCAGACCAAGACGACGCGCCCCAAGAAGAAGCGAGGCGAUCGGCCCACCUGACGCAAAAACGAUCCAACGAACCGCACGUCGAGAUGGAGGACUACCCAGUUAGCCCGGGGGACCACGGCGACCCCCUCGCCAGAGCCACGUCUGACGGCCCCGAGUCCGACCAGGACCAGGGCUACCGACGCACAAUCUCCAACGCUCUCAUAAAGGUCAACAGGUUCUUCGGCAACAAGGUACAGCCGUCGCUACAACCGGACAACUAUGGUAAUGGCGUGUGGCCCCAGAUACCGGGGGAGAUGGAACGCAACAGCCGGGUCACCGUGACGAUGGACCAGUUCAGCAUGCACAACUUUCGACUCUCCACGAGCCGAGACUCGCAUGAGUCUUACUCGGGCAGUGAGGGUGGUUCGGUGACACCGACUGCUGGGUCGCCUACGUCAAGAGAGGGGUCCGUCGUAAGGGCGUCGUCGAGACAAGAACGAACGGCCAGAAGAUAUACAGAACCGUCCGGAUCCCGUCCUUUUGCGAAAAAUGAGAGUAUGGCGUCGUCGCCUACGGAACCAGCCAGGGUUCAGAGGAAGACGCGGAGUGCGACGCUGGAAGUGCCGACUUUGCGCCGCUUCUGA